GUACCAGUCCACACAUUGAACCACACUACCAAUCAUCAUCGGUUGAUUGUAGUCUCAACGCUAAGGACUUUGGAGGAUCUUUUAAGUCAACUCACGUUGCCUCUCGAUUGGCUACAUGACAUCCGAUUCCUCAUCCUCAUAAUGAUUCUUACUCUCAGAUCUGAAUUAGAUGUGGCUUGAGUCUGACUUUCAAAAGAAUUCCACCAUGGCAUUCAAUUCCACUCCUUCUCGAAACAACGAUCACCACUACCACUGCCACUACCACCACCACUACCUGAACAAUCAAGAUCAAAGAUGGGCCAAUCUUCAUUCAACUUUUAUGAAUCAGAUCAAUCAUCAUUCUCAAUUCAAUCCAUUGAUUUCACUAAUCAAUAAUCAACAAAAGCAUUUUUAAGACUUUUAUUCAUCGUCUUCUAUUGUUUUGAUGAUUCAACGCACAUCUGGUUAUUGAACUCUUAUCUCAUUUGACUCAUUAGAUCACGAUUGCUACUACUAGAGGCAGUCAAUCGGAAGUAGAAACAGUUACGCGCUGAAUUAGAGGCAAAGGAAGCUUUGAUUGAGAAAGAAGAAGCUGAACUUGACCACGCUCAAGAUUCGUUAGAAGAUGAAACUCAAGCCCAAUCUCCGAACCUUGUCAAAGCGUAACCGCUCAACCAUUCGAGCAAUUGAAAACAACAUCACUGGCUACCAAUACACUCAUUAUCACUUCUUUACCAUCAGCCUUGUAUCAUCCAUCUUUUCGUAUGGACCUUUAGCUGCUUGGAUUUUUAACUAGUCUCGGUCGUAUCUUGGUGGUCUAUCACAGAUGGAUCGUUUUGUAAUAGAAGCGGGCGGCGAUCCACCGACGGCUUCAGAAACAGAGCUUGAAGAGUUUGUUCAAACCUUACCCAAGUAUAUUGUUUAUACCUUGUUGGUGUCAAUUCAACUUCUCCUCAUCAUCAUCAACUAAACUCUUAUUCACUUUCAAAUCUCAUGCUUCCAUAUCAAUCUGGCUCUAAUCUUCAUCGUCCAAGUAUUGAUUCUUGUAAACAAAUCCAAUUUUUUCUUGUAAAUCAUAAUUGACAAUGAUAAAUUUGUACAUCAUAAUUGAUGAUGAAUAAAGAAGUAAUUAGCUAGAUAUUGAAAAAAAAACAAGAUUGAUUUUGUACAAAUUUGAUUAAAUUUUCUUUUAAUUGAUCUUUAGUUAAAUUAGGAAACUUU